UUAAAUAAACAAAUUUCUCGGCGGCGGCAAUUAUAUUUCUUUCUGCUCUGAUAUAUUUUUAUUUUUUCAAAACAGUUUUGUAAAUAAAUGUUGCUCAUUAAAUAAAAUGAUAGAGAUUAAAGCAAAAUUGGUAAGAGCUGAUGCUGCAAUUUAUGCUACUGGGGAACGAGUGGAAUGUUUAAUCGAGUUUAUUAAUAAAGUAUUCAAUAAUGGGAAUACUGGCAGUACCAAUAGUAUUGAAUGUUUGGCUUGGGCUUCAGUACAACUUCAUUGUUAUCGUAAGACCAAUGCCAACGUAGGUACUUCGGACAAAACUUUAGAAUUGACCGAAAUGAUAGGGAAAACGGCAUUGGAUGCUGUAACACAGGUUCCCGGCGAUGUUAUAAUUGCUACAAAGCCAAAAAUUCUGUUUUGUGAUUUAAAAUUAAAACCAAAUGAAUCAAAGAUCUAUUUUUUCAACGAACUGGUUCCGCGUGAUGGUCCUCCUACUUACAGAGGACAUGAUAUAAAAUAUUUUUAUAAAUUAACUAUAGCCACUCAAAGAGUGAAAUCGAAGGUACAGACUCUUACUGUACCAAUUAGAGUUUUGCCCAUUCCACUAAUUGUACGUCCAGAUGAAAUGCCUAUUACUGAAGAGACAAAUGAUGAGUUGGCACCAACAAAUCCAUUUUUGGAAAAGAAACACAUUACUGAGUUGGAGGUAUCAUGGCAUCAUUUGAAGAAUGUAACCGCUCGACGUGCACCAAAGUUUUAUCGCAUUUCAAAUAAACGUGGAUUUGUGGGGCGUUUCUGUCUAUUUAAGCCAUCAUAUAAGUUGGGUGAGGAUAUAGUGGGUAGUUUAGAUUUUGCUAAUUGCAAGGUUCGGUGCGUUCAGUUUUCGGUAAAAUUACAAUCACAAGAGAUACUGAUUAAUUCGACUGGCAAUAAAAAUAUCACCAAUGAUAUAAACGACUCAUCAUCAGUCAACUCUCUUGAUAUGGCCAGUGUAGCAAGUGGCAUUGGGUCAGAUUUUAUGCAUAAAUCGACUACAUCAUCAAGCACAGUAUCCAAAGAUAAGGAUGGAAAUAAUAUUGAACCUGUGGGUAAAGUAACAACUCAUGCUGUUAAUCAUGAGGUGUGCUAUGCGGUUUUACAAACGCAAGUGGUGGUGCCUAUACCUCUGCAUAUAACACCCUCUUUUCGCACAGAAUCCGUCGAUGUAAGAUGGCGUUUACAUUUUGAAUUUGUUACCAGUACCAUGAUGGAUUUUGGAAAGACAAAUCCGGAAGUGGGUGAACUGCAAGCACCUAAUGAAUUACCAGUUGAGACCAUGGUAUGGAAUUUACCGAUAACUAUAUAUUCGGCAAAUCCCUUGCAGAUUUAUGCACCAUCCCAGGCUCAUACACUUUUAAUAAAAUAGACUCAGUGAGAUACAAUUCCGUUUAAAAAGGUAGUCUUGGUAAACAUAACAAAAAUCAUAAGUUAAUGGGCAGAAAGCUAUAAUUGUUAAGUUCAACUUUUUUGCAGUUUUAUUUGAUGAAUAAUUAUUUUAUCAUUUAAAUAAAUAUGUUUGUAUGUAUAUACAUUUUUAAA